AUGCACCUCUUGGAGUCAUGUAGACGGUCAUCGAGGGAUGUUCGAUUACUCUGGUGCUCUGUUUUUAUUAGAAUGGGCAGUUUCGGUAUGACGAACCAAGUUUUAACAUUGUAUUUGAGAAAUCUACAAAUAAAGGAAACCAAAAUAGGUCUCUUUAUGACAUUGACGUUGAUAGGGGAUACAAUUUUGUCAUAUUAUUUAACAUGGCAUGCUGAUAAGCUCGGUAGAAGGUUUGUGAUGAUCAUUGGAAGCAUUAUGAUGAUAGCAUCAGGUAUUAUUUUUGCAUUAUGUUCAAAUUUCUAUGUAUUAUUGGCCGCGGCUAUAUUGGGCGUUAUAUCACCAUCUGGUGACGAAACGGGUCCUUUUAAGUCAGUAGAGGAAGCUUCCAUUGCUCAUUUGACUCCAUCAAUAGAUCAACCUGAGAUUUUUGCCUUUCACGGUCUCUUUGCUACCGCAGGUGCAGCAUUUGGAUCAUUAACAAGUGGAAUGCUAGUGGACUAUUUAUCUCUACAGCGAGGUUGGGAUUUAAAUUCCAGUUACAGGAUGAUCUUUUGGGUUUAUUCUGCGCUUGCUUUGACCAAGACCCUCAUCAUGAUCUUUCUAAGCAGUGAAUGCGAACUCAGUGAACGCGACGAAGAGCAUGAAAGAUUAAUUUCAGAAGUUGAUGGGCCUAUCGAAGAAAUAAGCGAGCAACCGUCAUUGUUAAAACCAAGGUUCUUCAAUCUUUCAAGAAAAACCAGGCAUAUUUUGUCAAGGCUAUUAGUGGUUUUCAUGCUUGAUUCAUUAGGUUACGGGUUCAUGCCUACGGCCUGGGUUGUUUACUACUUCAAGACCUACUUUGUUGUUUCGGCAACAGCAUUAGGAGGAUUGUUUUUCUUAACGAAUGCCAUUGAUGCCUUCUCUUCGUUACCGUCAGCAUAUUUGGCUAAGAAGUUGGGUCCUGUGAAGGCCAUUUUGUUUACACAGGCACCAUCUGCAUUUUUCUUUGCAGCGGUUGCAAUAUCAAACAAUUUCUAUGUGGCUUCUGCACUUCUUAUACUUUAUUAUAGUACUACUACAAUGGACGUUGUGCCCCGGCAAUUCUUGUUGACCUCAUUGAUCCCGAAGAAUGAGCUCACUAAGGUUAUGGGAUUAGUGAAUAUAUCUAAGACUUAUGCAAGAUGUAUUGGUCCUUUGCUCACAGGAAAAUUGGCACAAGUAAACAAGAUGCCUAUUGGGUUUAUGCUAAGUUCUACUUCAGUACUAGCUGCUGACAUAAUUUUGGCUGUGAAUUUUUUACAUUACGAUAGCGAAAUUAAAGCUAAAGUGACUUCCACCUAG